UCUUGACUCUUGUAUUAACACUAAUUACAAGUUACUCACUUAGCUCUCUCUUCAAACUCUAUUCAUCCACAGCAUAAUCAACAAAUCAUUGUUCUCAUCUCGACUCACAAAUAUAUAUCACAUAGCUAGCAAUGAAAGGAAUGAAUCUGUUCUGCUCUUCCAUUUCUUCCACAGCAGUAACCUCUAGUACUACGGAUCAUCAUUCCACGGUGCGCAGAAGCACCAAAAGGCACGCCGGUAUUCCAAGGAAAAGCCAACUUCGUGUCCCUUGUUCAUCCAGAUUAUUGCCUAUCAAUCCUAAGCCUCAAAACGGCGAUGUUCGCAGAACAGGCUCCAUUCAAGUUAACAACCUAUAUGAUUCAUCGUCAACUAGAUAUCUCCUCGGUGAUUGGGUGUCUGAGUCUGAUAAAAUCCCUUCAAACUCACACAAGACCACCCUGCAGAACCAGGUUGUGGUUUUGAGGGUCUCAUUGCACUGCAAGGCCUGUGCAAGAAAAGUUACAAAACACAUUUCAAAAAUGGAAGGAGUAACAUCAUUCAGUAUAGACAUGGAGGCAAAGAAAGUAACAAUAAUUGGACACGUGACACCAUUAGGGGUUCUGGCAAGUGUGUCCAAGGUGAAGAAUGCACAGCUAUGGCCAUCUUCGACAUCAUCUUUGCCAUCAUUGUCUUCGUCAAUGCCGAUGUAAGUCUAAAUGGUCAACGUGAGUUGACUAAAGUUUAACAUGUAACUUUUUUCUUCCCUGCCCCUUUUUAUCUCUGUUGUUCGGUACACCUAGGCCAUGAACAUGUAAUAGUUUGUAUUGGGUACAAAAUUUGAUGACCUGUCAAGCUUAAUUAUAAUGUUUGUUGUCUAGUUAGAUUGAUGGAUGAAUUGAGUGCAGCUUUUUCUUGGUGUUUAAUUAGUGUUUAUUACUGAUUGGUGAUUGCUCAAGUUGAAUUGUUUUUCAGUAAGUCUUGUGUCUCCACAAUGUUUCUUUAGUUCAUCAUAAAAGACGCACAUUAAUUCUAA